AUGUACGGUCUAAUCUUGGAAAAUCUAGCCGAAUAUAUAAGGCAGGUUUACGGCGAAGACAGAUGGGAAGAGAUCCGCAGACAGGCAUCUGUGGACCAGCCGAGUUUUAGUGUUCACCAGGUUUACUCGGAAAACCUGAUACCGAGAUUAGCGAAAAAAGCAAUUCAGGUACUUGGUGUAACGGAAAAGGAAUUCUUCGAUCAAAUGGGUGUGCACUUUGUAGGAUUUGUUGGACAGUACGGUUACGAUCGCGUACUCUCGGUGCUUGGACGGCAUGUUAGAGAUUUUCUCAAUGGUCUAGACAAUCUCCACGAAUAUCUUAAGUUUUCUUAUCCAAGAAUGCGAGCACCUUCGUUCAUAUGCGAAAACGAAACUCGUCAAGGAUUGACUCUUCACUAUCGAAGCAAACGCCGCGGCUUUGUCUAUUAUACAAUGGGUCAAAUAAGGGAAGUCGCCCGACAUUUUUAUCAUAAGGAGCUGCAGAUUGAGCUGGUACGCGAGGAAGUACUUUUCGAUACUGUCCACGUGACCUUUCAACUUACCUUCGAUAAUCGUGCCUUCACGCUAGCAUCGCUCGCGAUGACCCGUGAGGAAAAACAUCUGCCGAUCGGGGCGUGUGUGCUUUUUGAGAUAUUUCCCUUCUGCAUCGUUUUCGGAUCGGAUAUGAUUGUUAGAAGCAUCGGCAAUUCACUGAUGGUUAUAUUGCCAGACCUGGUUGGCAAGAAGAUUACUUACUUCUUCGAUUUGGUUCGACCACUUAUUGCGUUUAAAUUUCAAUCGAUAUUAAACAGAACAAAUAACAUUUUUGAGCUGGUUACUGUUGAACCAGUGCUUACGGAACGAUUAAAUGAUCGACAUAGGAACGAAAUUCUCUUGAGUGACGAACUUGAGACAGUGGAAGAUAAGACUUUACGAUUAAAGGGUCAAAUGAUAUAUAUGGACAAUUGGAAAAUGAUGAUGUAUCUUGGGACACCUGUUAUGCCCGAUCUGAACGCUUUAAUAGCAACAGGCCUUUAUAUAAAUGAUCUCUCGAUGCACGAUUUUAGCCGUGACCUCAUGCUUGCUGGAACUCAACAGUCAGUGGAAUUAAAAUUAGCGUUAGAUCAAGAACAGCUUAAGAGUAAAAAAUUAGAGGAAUCCAUGAGAAAACUCGAUGAGGAAAUGAAGCGUACAGAUGAGUUAUUGUAUCAAAUGAUUCCCAAACAGGUUGCAGAUCGUUUGAGGAAUGGUGAAAGUCCGAUUGAUACUUGCGAGAUGUUCGAUAGUGUAUCGAUCUUAUUUUCGGACGUAGUGACUUUUACUGAGAUUUGCAGUAGAAUUUCACCGAUGGAAGUUGUGUCAAUGUUAAACGCCAUGUAUUCGUUGUUUGACACUUUAACCGAGAGAAAUCGAGUUUACAAGGUCGAAACUAUCGGUGAUGCUUACAUGGUAGUCUCAGGUGCGCCGGUAAAAGAAAGUGAUCAUGCAGAUCGUGUAUGCGAUAUGGCGCUUGAUAUGGUAGAAGCGAUAACCGAUCUCAAGGACCGUUCAACAGGCAACCAUCUUCAGAUACGCGUUGGCAUUCACAGUGGUGCGGUGGUAGCCGGUAUCGUUGGUUUAAAGAUGCCACGGUAUUGUCUCUUUGGCGAUUCCGUCAAUACAGCAGCUCGCAUGGAAGCGACAAGUCAAGCCAUGCAAAUACACAUAUCUCAAUCCACUCAGGAAUUGUUGUCACCCUCGUAUAAGGUCAAAGAACGUGAAGAGAUCGAAGUCAAAGGAAAGGGCACAAUGAAGACAUAUUGGUUGGAAAAACGAGAACGUCGUUCUGUUACGACCAAAGGGAUCACUAUACAGGAGCCUCAUCAAUGGCACACAAAGAGUUUCGAGAAAAGAGUUUCCUCGGUGGGAAUGAUAAGCACAUCAGGUACGUUCGACAAAUCGACUUCGGGAGACGUGCUGUCGAGACGUAGAGGCUCGUCGAAGAUGUCAUCCCCUACGCCACCGGGAUCUUCGGGAUUUCUUUCCGAAGAGAGAAGAAUAUAUUCCCCUAUUACUUUUCAAGAUGUCGCGCGACGAUCGAUCGCGAAUUCACCGACGAAGAAUGUGGAAGUACGAGAAUGUCGAUCGAAUUCUAUGGGUGCGGUAGGCAUUAGAAGCGCAUCAGACAUGUUCAGUUCUCUCCUGAACGACACGGAGGAGCACUUCCGACAGCACCGGGAUAACUUGUCUCCGCGCUUUGGAGAAAAUCAAUCGGCGAGCGUACACGGGAACCCGGAAGUGAAGAUUAACGCCACUUCAUCCUUGUCUUAUUCACAGAGUUCGGAAGGAGAAUCGAAUUUAUCGUUGGAUUUCGCACUACAGACGCUAAAGGAUAACGCAGAUGCGAGAGUAAUUGAUAAUGAAAACGAGUGUGCAGCAAUGAAUAGCGAUCUCAACAACUCUCAAUUGUUGAUGCAACAGGACCAGUGCUGUCCGGGAUUUACUAUCUCAAAGAGCAGCAAAAUGCGUCAUCAGGGAAAUAGCUGUAUUAUUGUCUAA